AUGAAUCCCGACAAGACUUCUGAACACAAUUAUGUUGAUGUUAUGAAUCUUUAUAUCAAAAACCUGGAUCCCAAAGUUACCAACAAUGAUCUCUUUAAUGCUUUUCGAGCCUUUGGUCGUAUUGUCUCUGCUCGUGUCAUGUCAAAUCCUGCCACCAAUCAAUCUAAAGGUUAUGGGUUUGUUAGUUAUGGUCGAUCUGAUGAAGCAAGAAUGGCCCUGGAACAAAUGAAUGGAAAAAUGUUUUUUUCAAAGCCUUUAGUUGUAUCUUAUCAUGCUCCUAAAAAGCCUCGUCAAGUUCCUCAAGUUUCUCCAACCAAUGAUUAUUCUUCAUCUUAUCAGGACACAAGACAACAACAACAACAAUAUAAUCAUCAUCAUCAUAUACAUCAUGAUUUGGCUUCUUCUAAUACAACAAUGUCUACUUCUAAUGUGAAUGGUUUAGGAAUUGAUAAUGUGGAUCAAAUUGCUAUUGAUAUCAAAGAUUUAUCUAUUGGACAAAACAAUACCAUUCCUGCUUAUCCUAUUCAACGAAAGGUAAAGCUUUAUAAUGAUGAAAUAAUCAAUCUUGGAUUAUCCUCUUCUUCUUCUCCUCCUCCUCCUUCUUCAUUGUCUGGUGGUCGGUUAGCAAAAGAUUACAAACAUACUACUGAUGGUCGUCCUACUUUACGCCGAAAAUCAUCUUUGGAAUCCAUUAGUACGGUGAUGACUGAAUCAAGUGCCAAUUUACAACGACAAAGAAUGACUCAAGCUGUACUUCAAUGUGAUGUUCCAUUUGACAACCAAAAUUUAGUGUCUGAUAUUGUGGAUAUGUUGUUGACUUUGAAAAAGAAAGAAAGAUCUUUGUGCAUAUUCAAUCAAGACUUUUUGAAGACAAAGAUUCAAUUGGCUUUAGAAGCUUUGGAAACCUUUCAUGAUGGUGAUGAUUCUGAUCAAGAAGAUGAAGAAGAAAAGGCAUUACAAAAAUUCAAUGGUGAUUCAUUGGUGAAACAACAACAUGAUGAUAUUCCCAAAACUAUUCCUGUACGUGUAUCUAAAGCUAUACCUAUUGUGGCACCACCUAGUUCUCCACCACCAUCCUCCAAUUCACCGGUUAAUUCUAGAAAGACAGCAACAGGAUUAUCAUCAGAAAAUAAGGCGAUUAUUGAAUCUUUAUUGAAAGAUAUGCAAGGUAAAGCCGUCCAUGAAAAGAAGCAAUUACUAGGUGAUCGUCUUUUCCCAUUGGUAAAGGCUACUGGUACAAAACAAGCUCCCAAGGUGACUAUUCAGCUUUUGGAUUCUGUGGAUUUACAAGAAUUGGCCAAUAUGAUGUUUGAUAAGGAAGCUUUGAAGAAACAAGUGGAUAAUGCUUUUGAACAAUUGAAACGACAAUAA